CAUCUCCUGACAUCCAAAUCAUCCACCGGCUAGAAUUAAGCUUUGCCAAAAGAGACGACGAAGAAGUUUGCCAGGGGCCUCCCACUGCUUCGCCGCGCCGACCUUCUCUUGUGGCAUCGCCCGUCUCAGGUGCUUUCAUGGGUCCUGGUGUUGCGCCAGUGGUUGGUGGGGAUCCUGUGGCGUAUCCGGGAUCCGGACACCGGCCAAGGCCGCGUGAGGCUUCAAGGACUCUUGGUGAUCUUUCAGCUGAUCCAGUUCAGUUGAGUUUUGUUGGGGGUCAGGCAGGCGGUCUUACCCAUAACAGGGCCACGAGGGAGGAGGUCAUAGCUUUUGACGGGAUCCCAGAUCCUGUUUCUGAGGGGCGGCGGAUAAGCAGCCGUCUCCAGGAGCAUCCGGAUGUGGACGACAUGCAGCUAAGGUGCGCUUUGCGGGCGGCCAAGCUUCAUGACAUUGAGGUCACUACUGGUUAUCUUCAGAGCCACCGCGUUGAUCCACAUGUGGUCGUUACUCACUUCGACGGAGGCCAGGGAGCGUUUGGUUACUGCGUCUACCCGAUGGGAGAUGAUAGCACGGGGUAUUUUUAACCGGUUUGGAUGGCGGUCAUGUAAUAAGAUAGGCAUGUAGUGCUCUUAUUUUUUUAUGCCAGCCGGUUGUGGCUUUUCCUUUAUCUGUUCAGCUCUUGUGGAGCCUUUUUCUUUUAUUGGUCGAGACUUGAAGACUUAUGUUGGAUAUUUUGCUUAUUAAUAAUAUUAGUUGUAUGCAUCAUUCA